AGUUAUGUGUGUAUUUAAUGCGCUCUUUGCGACUCUGGAGAGCUUUUAAGAUAGCACAAAAAACACAUUUUUGUGAAUGGAAAAAUCUCACGCGUGGGAAGCAUUUAGACGUAAAAGAAGCACACGCGAUUAAAACAGACUUGCGAUUGGUCAACUGGUUUACAGCGUCGCUAUUUUAGAGUGAAUUUAUGAAUGUGAAACAUUCCGUCUCGGUUCAUGGAGACAGGGAAAUUAAUGUUUAUGUAAAUGCGAAGAGUCUUAUGGAAAUGUGAAGAAAAAGGUUACAAAUAGCCAUUGAAGAUAAGACAUUCAUUAGGGAGUGGUAUACGAAAAGAGAAUUUCCAUGACUUGAUACCAGUAAAACGGAGAGUUUUAAAUGGAAUUUCUUCGAGUCGUCCUGAGAUUAUUAGCAACCGGUCUCGUAUUGGGAUUCUCUGUAACUCAGAAUCAUAUAGCGGAUAGCUAUAAUAUCCGAUAGAUAUACUUAAUCAUUUAAUAUAUCGUUGCAGGGCCGCAGUGACCAGUAGAUCUUGCUACACGCUAUUGGACGGAUGGACAUUGGUUAGCGUUGUAAAGCCUCUGGGCGCCCGCAGAAACAGUUGUUUGCAAAACUGAUUUUGAUAAAUUCGCGGAACUGUAUUUAUGCAUUUCGACAUUUGAAUUCAAAUAAGACGUUUGAUGAAUCAAGAAUGGAAAGAUUGUUUGCAUGACUGAGAUAAGAAUUAACUGGAAAAGGUUACGCAUUAUUUUAUGCACGGUGACCUAUAUUGCAAAGAUCACGCUAUAACUUUUAAUACUAUCACAUUUGCAAAGCACGUUAAAAAUGGAUGUUGUGUAACUACUGUUUAUGUAACGUUUAUAAGGACACAUUACUAGUUAACUGUUUAAAACAGUUGUGACUUAAAUACGAUGUAAAUAAAUACUGUCGAAAACUAACGGCGUGUUUAUACAUUUUACAAGGAUGUCGCGGUUAGUUUUAAUUUGGUUUAUAUUUAUAGUGCUACAUUCUUACUGCAAUAGAUAUUCGCUAGCGCAGGACAUCUCGCAAAUUCAGCCUACUAUUGAGAAAGAGAGACAAAUAGUUCGGAUAAGGAACAAAAUUUUAAAAGAAUUAGUGAACAAUGGAGCAAAAAUAUCGCGAUCUGAAGCGACAAAUCGUAUAGAACAGAUUAGAGAACAAGAAACUGUUGCGAAAGAGGAGAUUAAAACAGACUUGAAAAAUGAUAUUAAAAUCGGACCGGUUCCGCAAGGCACGUCAAAAGUGAUGGUAACACUUGGCGAACCAGUGUCGCAAGCACGGGACAAAUGCCUUGUUUUCAAUAUUGCUAAAUACAUAAAGAACGUUGAGCACAUUAUUCCGAAAAAAAUUAAUUUGUGGAUACAUUUACGCAAACGAGGAAACCAAAAGAGUAAAAAGAAAAAGAACAAACAGAGCGAUAAAGCAGUGAGAGCUGGUGCAACCGAAAACCAAAGAGGUAAAGAAAAUAAUGAUACCGCUAGAAGGAAGGGAAGAAGGAAAAACAGAAAAAGAAGACAUGGAAGAAGAAUAAAGCUUUUCAUCUCGGACGGGACAAAGACGUUAGUUAAAAUGCGAAUGAGAGUAAGUAAAACGAAAUGGUACAAAAUUGAGUUACCGAUAUCUCAAUUCCCAGAUGUUAUAAGUGUAAAUGAUAGUUUUACGUUGUGUUUUAAAUGUAAACGUUGCAGUAAGAAGGUAAAAAUGGACUUAUACAGAAAGGGAAACAGAGCCCGAGAGUUGAAUACACAAGGUGUAGCUCCAGAAACAACCACGGAUCCACCUACAAUUCCAUUCAUUCAUUUUGAAGAGCCUCGAUCUCAUACUGUUUACAGAUAUCAGCGAUCUACUGACGUCAUAAGGAGAUCCAGUGACGUAAUAAACAAUAAACGUCGACGUCGUCAUAUUGAGCGGUCUAGACCGUCUCAAAAUAAAAAGACUUGCUGCUCGGAAGAUAUAUAUAAAGAAGAAAUUUCAAAGUUGUUCCCAAGCAUUUUAUAUCCAGAAUCUAUCAACAUUAGCUUAUGUGCGGGACACACCGACUCAUUUAUAGACCAACCGUUACUAUCUCAAACUAAUUCAAGUCAGACUCUAUCUAAUGAUAUAGAAUGUGUACCAUCUUUAUAUGAACCAUUUAAAUUUAUAUAUGUUAACAAGCACUUCAAAGUGAAACAUGCCAGCAUUCCAGAUUUAAUACCAGUCGGAUGUUCUUGCCGUAAGUUAUCAUAAUCAUAUGGCAUAUUUAAAGCCCUUAUGUAAAAGAUAGUAGAUACUAGUAUAAAUAUCCGUUCAGUAACUAAUUGUCAAAUUUUUUUCUUAUUACAAUUUUGUUGUGCGUUAUGUUUUAAAGUUUGAUUAUUUCCAAAUUUUGUAUUUGAAAAACGAACCUAUAAAGUAUCCAUUGAAUGCACACGUUAUUUGCGUGUUAGGUUAAAACAGUACACGCUUAAUAGAAGUAUACCUAGCCACGUUAUGAAAUUGCACUACAACCAAAAAGCUGUUGCUGUGGCACUGUAUUUCAUUUAAUUGUGAAUAAAGCUUAGUCAAUUAUAGUACAUUUUAUGAAGGUGUUCUACUGUGUAACAUUUGAUAUUGAUAUCUUAUGAUAAUUGUUAAAUGCACAAUGUGUGUAGUCUGUCCUUAAAUAAUAGCAUACUGAUAUGUUGUCCAGGCAACUGGUAUGCUGGUAGAUGGAGUAGCAAACAUGUAAUAUACCAGCCGAAUUGAAAGAUAAAUGAGCCGUGCCAUGAGAAAACCUACAUAGU